UCCUUUGGCUCAUCUGUUGCAAAGCUGCAGGAGAGAGAGCGCUGCAAACGUACAUCCCGCAGCCCGAGACAGAGAGAACUCUGUUGCCACUUAUUCAGCGGAGGAAUGAGCUGAAAGAAACUAAUGCCUUCUCUGUGUUUCCCCUGGAUUACAUCUACGGAUUUUACGCAUCUGGAAGUGGCUGUUUUGUGCGUGAAAACAAACUUUACAGGUCCAUGACGGAAAGGCGGAACCAGCGCGUUCAUGUCUGUUAAUUACAUUUUGUGCUGCGGAGGUUUCUGGCUGUUUUAAGCCGUUCGUUGAGCGCCGUAGGCAGAAACGAGCACUGUUACGACGGGGAGACGCGCCGCGGUGAUCGGAGUCAAAGGGAGCUGUGGAGACUGGAAACAUGAGAUUGAUUGUCAUCUCUGCGGUUCUGCUGUUGAAAGUUACUCUUGGAAAGGGUUGUGCUAGUGAGAAGUACACCGAGUCGGGACAUUGUUGCAAUUUGUGUCCAGCUGGUUAUGGAUUGGAGGAAACGUGUGGAAAGGAAAAUACCAAAUGUCUACCAUGUCUGCCAGGAACAUUUUCACCAUCCGAAGGCCUCGGCUCUUGCCUUCCAUGUAGCACCUGUCCGUCUGGUGUGCCCAUACUGGCGUCCUGUUCGGCAACCCAGGACACGCAAUGCGAGUGUGACGUUGGCUUCUACUUUCUGAGAGACUUUGGUCUAUGCGCACCCUGUUCCAGGUGCAGGCCAGGUCACGGGGUUGUCCGGGAGUGCAGGCCUCAAGGAGACACGCUUUGCCAGAAGUGUGGCCCGGGAACCUUCUCAGAGGAGGAUUUAAACAUCAAACCCUGCCAGGCUUGCAGUCAGUGCUCUGAUGAAGAAGUGGAGAUCCAAUCCUGUAUGCACAACUUUGACACACUCUGCAUGGAUAAGAAGCUGCACAUUGGCCCUGCUGGUGCCGAUGGGGCCUUGAAUAUUCCUAAUGGGGCGGUGAUGGAGGAAAAUGAGGAGGAAGACGGCAGCCCCGCACCAGGACCGUCCAAGUUUACACCGCAGGAUGAGGGUGGCAGCAACAACAUUCUCGUCUACGUGUCUGUUCUGGCUGCUGUGGUGCUGGGCUUGUUGGUUUAUGUGGCUUAUAAAUGUUGGAGGUCGUGCAAACAGAAGAAGGCCCUCUCCAAGGCACGUGUGGCAGAGCUGGCAGCAUCUCCAGAAGGAGAAAAGCUCCAAAGUGACAGCGGUGUUUUUCUGGACUCUUACAGCCUGCAGGACAACCAGCCCAGUAAAGGUACCAAGAGAGACAGCAAGCUUGACAACCGUCUGUACGUCAACUUGCCGCCGCACAAACAGGAGGAGGUGGAGCGCCUCCUGCAAGAGGCAAGCGGCCGUGGAUGGAGGCACCUUGGUGCAGCGCUGGGCUACGAACCGGAACAGCUGGACCUGUUCGGACGCGGCGAGGCCCCGGCGCACACGCUCCUGUCUAACUGGGCCCAGAGAGAGGGCUCCACUCUGGGACUGCUGAGCUCGGCGCUGAACCGCAUCGAGAGACCCGAUGUGGUGACCGCCCUUAACAGCACACAGCAGGGUGUUUCUGUGGUGUGACCAACUGGCCGGACCCUCUAGUGACAAUCACAGACUCAAGUGAGGGAUAAGCGAGGCGCUCAGCUUUCAGCUCUUCUUUAUGGUUGAAGGAAUCAUUCUUAAAUUACUUUGUUUAUAGACCUUUUUUUUCACUAAAAUACCACCAAUACUCUAAAAAUGUAUUACUUGUGGCUUAUUUGAACUGUUUGAAAGAUUAUGAUGCCGUAUGGUAACCGAUUUGUCUGUCUGGCAGUGCAGGGAUUAUUGGACUGAAUAUACAGAGCCGUACAAAGUAUUUCCCCUGGAAGAUUUCUAGUGGGUUUUUUUUGUUGUUUUUUACGUCACAUUUACAUGUUUCGGAUCACAAAGAAAAUGUUUAUAUCAGAGAAUGGCAACCUAAGGAACUACAAGAAGCCCUUUUAAAAAGAUGACUUUAUUAAUUAAAAAGAAAUAUUUUAAUCUCACCUGACCCUUUGUGAAAAUGUAAUUGGCACCAUAAAUUUAUGUCAGUUUGUGCUAUCUUGCCUUCAACAACCUCAAGUAUAUGCUGCAGCUUGAAGUUCAUUGUUUUUUGCAUCAAUGUGGAGGAUUGUUUUGAUUCUUUUGCAGAAUUCAGCUACACUGGAGUGUGUCUGAGCACAAGUAGCCUGUUUAAGGUCAAGCAGGUUUUUCGCCAUUCCAACACCUUUUGUUCAUAAGUGGGGCCACUUAUUGGCUCUAUUCAUUUCUGCAAGUCGUCUGGGGCAAAGUAGGCCCAGACUAUCACACUAUCACCUCCAUGUCUGACUAAUGUCUGUCAGAAAUGCUGAGUUAGUUUACACCAGAAGUAGCAGGAGACACAACUUGCAAAAAUGCCCAUUUUUUUCUCAUAAGACCACAGAAUAUUUUUCCAUUUGGUGCUGAAACUCUUCCAUUGAGGUUAGAAAGUGAAGCCUGAAGUGCUUGAGAAACUGUUUAGACGUUUUCAGUUGGAUGAGUCACAGAUGUUUUCUCUGAAGAGUUAUGGCCGGUCAGCCACUCCUGUGAAGGUUCAUUACUGUUCAGUUUGGUUCACUCACUGGAGUUUCAAUGCCUUAAAACAACUUUAUGGUUUUAAAUGGUAAAUGGUUUUACGACUGAAAUAUGUCGCGCAAUAUGUUCCUCAUCUAUUCUUAAAUGUUCUUUCAAUCAACGGUUUGUGUGUGUGGUUUUUUUUUUUAUAUUUUGGCCUACUUCAUGUUGUCAGGUUCCUUUUUAGUAAUUUCUUGAUUCUACAGGUCUAUCAGAAAUCAGACCUUCAUGUUUCUACUGAAAUUGACCCAAAAAUGUUUCGAGUCAUACUUAAUUCAAUUGGGAAAUCAUACAUUUUCAUAGAGCCAUGUUGUGUCAGAUAGAUUUGUUCCCAUUAGUAGCUGCUUCCACCCACAGCGCAGAGUGAAAAGAAUUCAACCCUUUCAUAUUUAAGAACAAUGUCGCCUCUAAACUUUAUACAUUAAGAACAAAACCAAUAAGAAUAGACACACAAAUACUGUAAAUAUUCAGUUCACAAGCAAAAUGAUGUGCAGUAUGUAGUAUUAUGAGCAGAAAUUUGUAUUUUUGAACAAAAAUCAAAUCUCACCUUUUACAUAAAAAGGAACAUUUCUAUGUAAAGUUGUUUAUAUUGAACUCCGUAGCUCAACAUGUUUCUUCUUUGGAUACUUUUUUUUUUAAAUAAAGUACAUUUUAAAUAACCAUGUCUGUACUGCAGUUGACUGCCAAAAGGUUUUGUGACAAUUGAAGAAAUACUCUCUUUAUCUGGCCGGAUCACGUCUGCAUUUUAUACACUUUUUAUUAGACAACUCUUUUUUUUUUUACAUAUUUUUCUUUCUUCCUGCCACAACUGCCUGUCUCUGAGUGUCUUUAUUCCUUUUCUUUUUUUCUUUGUUUAUUUUUUUUUAGCUUAUUUCAAAGAUAUCGUGCCGCAGUAAUGUAGAUUUAUCAAAACCUUUUCUUUUCUACACUUUACUCAGAGCGAGGUGACUUUAUCCAUCAAUUUUAUUGCCAGGCUAAACUUUUUCCACACACAACCCCCGCCUCCCUCCAAAAAAAACAUAGGGAAUCUUUAUAGUCUCUAAUUUGCCUCCAAGAAACUUCUAAAUGUUUAUGUAUUAUGGGCAAAUGUAGAUGUUUUUCAUGGUUUUUCCAGUGUGCUGGGUUUCCUGGUUGCUUACAUUAAUCCUGCGAUAGACUUGCCAUUUGGACUUUACCUUAUAAACACUUUAAGAUGUGAAGGUUUCAGCACCACCUCCCACCACUGAGCACCAAUAAAGCCAGCAUGGAAAACAAAUAAAUGAAGGGUAACAAAAAAUGUGCUACUAACAUUGAAUGUUUUUUGUUUUUGUUUUGUUUUUUACAAAUAAUUAAGUGAUAAAAAUAAUUUUUUGGUUUGUUGACGUUUUUAUCAGAUGGGUCUUUUUUCUAUUUUGUCCAAUUAGAAGCACAGACUUCAGUGUAUUUUAUUUGGAUUUGAUCUAAUUAUAAAGUGGGAGGAAAGAACAAUAUUGAUUUUUUUUCCCCAACUUUUAGCAAAUAAAGAUCUGAAAUAUGCUGCA